UCACUUAUGUCUCAUUUGUGCUUUUAUUAGCCAUUAAUAAUUGCUUCGAUUUGAGGCAAAACCAGAUGUUUCGUAGAAAUCGCUAUACAAUCAGAUGCGAUCCAAUGGGUAAUUGUUUCGCGUGGCUCAGACCCAGUAGGGUCCGGCUCACCCCUACUAAUAGAUAUCGUUAUGACAAUACUAUAGAUGUGGUGUCAUCUGAUAAAAAUGCUCUUGUAUUGAGAAGAAUUGAUUUCCAAAUCGAAAGCAAUAGUUGGGACCAUAGGACUGAAAAGUAUGCGUUAACUAAACGACCAAAUAAUCCAAGGCUUGUAGUGAGAAGAGGAACACCUUUUGAAAUAAGAUUCACUUUUCAACGCCAGUAUAAUAGAAAAGAUGAUAUCAUAAAUCUAGUCUUUACUGUCAAAGACGCCGAAACUACAAGUUAUGCUCAAAGCAUCAGAAUUACAAUUCCUGUGUUUGACGACAGAAACACAUCCAAUGUUUCCAUUGUAUUAGAAGACGAGUGGAGCGCUAAAGUGAUAAAAGUCGAUGGCUUUAGUGUGUCCAUCGAAAUCACUUCAGCGCCGACAGCCAUUAUUGGCGAAUACAUACUUAGUGUGGAUACUAAGUCCAUAAGUAAAGGCAAUCGAUCUCUUACGACAAAUCCAGUGAAGGAAUCCAUUUAUUUACUCUUUAAUCCGUGGAAUAAAAGAGAUUCCGUAUUCUUAAAGGACAGGGAAGGCAGAGACGAAUAUGUGUUGAAUGAAAGCGGAAUCAUUUGGAGGGGAACUCAUGAAAAGAUGAAGCCCACACCUUGGAAUUUCGCACAGUACGAGGAUCUUGUUCUUGAAGCAAGUCUUUAUGCCUUAUCAAAGGUGGGGCGCCUUAAUGUCACCGAUAGGGGAGAUCCUAUUAAAGUGUGUCGACAUAUCUCAGCCAUUGUGAACAGUGUUGAUGACAAUGGUAUAGUUGUCGGCAACUGGAAAGAGGAUUUCCGAGGCGGCACCGCACCCACCGACUGGCACGGGAGUCAAGCCAUACUCCAGCAGUUCUACAAAACCAAAAGACCGGUUAAGUUCGGUCAGUGUUGGGUCUUCUCAGGACUCGUUGCCACCAGUGAGUCCUCUUUGGACGUUUCUAAUACUAUAUGUAAUAUGGCCCGUUGUAUAGGCAUACCGGCCCGUGUGAUCACGAACUACCAGUCCGCUCACGACACUCACAGCAGUAUAACAGUCGACAGAUUCUUCGACGAAGAAGGAGAACCCCUUAAAGGUCUCAACACUGACUCGAUUUGGAAUUUUCACUCAUGGGUUGAGGUGUGGAUUAAACGGCCGGACCUUUCAAUGUCCGGUGCUUACGACGGGUGGAAUGUAAUCGACGCCACCCCUCAAGAGACUUCUGAUGGCCUGUACCGGUGCGGCCCCACCAGUGUUGAGGCCAUCAAACAGGGAGAAGUGAACAAACAUUUCGACGGAAAGUUUGUUUACGCGGAAGUGAAUGCAGAUGAAGUAUAUUGGCUUUUCUUGGGACCCAAACAGCCCGUUAAACUAAUAUCUCAAUUAACCGAUUCCAUUGGUCUAAAUAUUUCGACAAAAGCUGUUCUCCGGAAUACUCGCGUAGAUAUCACUGAUAAUUAUAAACAUAAAGAAAAAAGUGCAGAGGAAAGGGAGACAAUGAUCCGAGCCUUAAGACUGUCUAGAAGUCAAUACUCGAGAUAUUAUCUGAACGAGAGAUUUGAAGACAUUAGGUUCGAGUUCUUACUCCUCGAUGACCUCCUCGUUGGCAACCCAUUCACGGUUCGUCUAAGAAUGUAUAACAAGAGUAACAAAGUUUAUACUAUAAACUCAGUGAUUGGAGUGAGAACUACAUUGUAUACGGGGGUCACCAAAGCUGUGGUCAAAAAAGAUCGUCGAGAUGUGAGAGUCGGUCCAAAAACAGAGGAAGAAAUUGCAGUUUUAGUUACGUAUAGUGAAUAUGAAAAGUAUAUGACGGAUCAAGGUUUGUUUAGCAUAACCGUUAUGGCCAAUGUCAUUGAAACAGAUUUUCAGUACUAUGCUAUGGAUGACUUCAGACUUAGGAUGCCUGACAUUAUAAUACAGACAAUUGGUGAUAUAAUUCAGGGCAAACCCUUCACAUGUAAUGUAUAUUUCAUAAACCCAUUACCAAAAUCGUUGACGAAAGGUACGAAGGACCCGACUAUUCUCACCGAUUACUUGACCAUGCCUGUAUUCCCUGAAACUGAAGCCCGCGCCUCAUUCACUAUAAUACCAAAGACUUCAGGCGAGCGAACAAUUACUGCCAAAUUCACAUCACUUGAACUCAAGGAUGUCGAUGGACUCAAAAAUAUUAGAGUUUCCGCCAGUUUUCCAAACCAUUCCUACAAUAAU